AUGGCGAAUCUCGAACUGUUGCAAAGGAGGGUGAAAAUGACAUUUUUUUCAGCUGCUUUAGUUGUUUUUCUUAAGAAUAUCUUAGUUUGUCUCAUUAUUUUUCGUGUAAAGACAAUGAAGACUUCUAUGAACUACAUUAUACUAAACCUUGCUAUACUUGACGCCUUGUCAGGCGUUUUUACCAUUUAUUACCAAGUGRUAAACGACAGUGAAGGAGUGUUGGUUCCAUCUGUACUUGAACAGGCAUACAAUCAGAGUAACAUUUCCGCUGAAGUGCUAUGCAAGAUUCAAGUGGGAGUAUGGCUUGGGACGACUAUAUCGCCUCUACUACUAACAGCAAUGGCGUACGAACGCUAUAAAGCUAUUGUUCAUCCAUUUUCAAGAGUCAACAGAGAGGCAACUAGAGUGAAACUCAAKUGGAUUCUAAAACUCUCCUGGCUUUCCGGAAUUGGAUUUCUUGUUUUUGAUGCUAUUUUGGUAAGAYAUGAUUUGAACAAGAAAGCUUGUAAAGACAAUGACUAUUCUUGGUAUAAUUACGGCGGAUAUCAAAUAUUAUAUGCCGUGACACAAUACAUCAUACCUUCAACUGCUAUGUUCGUAUUUUACAUCCGCGUGAUUCAAGCUUUGAGAAGACGUGACAACUCACUUAGAACGCAAGCUGARGUACAGCGAAAAAGAGCAAAAGCACGAGGAAAAGUCAUCAAAAUAAUUUCGCUUGUGACGUUGGUAUUUUAYAUUUGCUGUGGCAUUCCCCAUUUAUUAUACGGCGCGCAUCAUUUCUGGGGAGUUUUAACUAAAAUGAAUUUUGACGAGUAUUUCGACGAUACCUUCUUUGUUUUGAACUCUUUGAACUCUGCCUUUAACCCUUUCGUGUACUUUCUAUUUUUCAAGUCGUUUCGAGAUGGUUUUAAAGUGGCAUUUAAAAAGAAGGGAGGAUAUGAGCAAAAUAGCUUUCGGAAACAUUUAUCCAAUGCGCAAAAUUCAAGCGAGCAAAAUAUUAAUAUCAGCGAGCCACGGCUUUUGAUGUUGCAGAUUAAACAAGAUAAUUAACUUUAGAAAUGAAAAAAAAGCAAAAAAAAACAAAAAAAAAAACAAAAAAACAAAACAAAAAACGAAAAAUUGUGUCAAUCCUUGCUACUGCGUCAGCUAUUAAUAAGCUAUGAACUAUUAAUCAUUGCUUUGAUUAUCUAUUAUCUUCAUCAUCGUUAACUAUCAUCAUUUGCUUAAGUAGUAAACCGAGAUUGAAAGUAGUAACAAAUUUAGGCCAYUCACUUAUGCAUAGAGAAGUAUCCAGAACUAUAUAAUAAACAAGAUUGUUGCAAUUGGCAAGACUGCAACAACUCUCCGUCCUAAAAUUCCUCCUUAAUCUUSUUUUAUAUCAGCUCAAAUGGCAAUAAAAGAUGAAGGUAGUACCGACUAARACUGAGCAACGUUCAUUCAUGGGAUUGACUGUGUGAAUAAAAAAUAUUUUCAUAUCAAAGAAUUGUGUGUCAUUUGUUUGGGAUCCCUGUGCUUUAUAGUUUUGGUCUUCCUUUAGAGAAUCCAUGCCAUAUUUGGAAGCAAACAAAAUGUUUAUUUGGUGUUCGCUAUAAAAACUGCAAGUUUCAGAUGAUUUCAUGCUUUUCAUGCUCGAAAAUCGCAAAAACCAUUCCUAUCGUACUCCAAG